UCGCUUUUGACGAGUGAAACUCCCUGGGGUACAGCAAACAUCUAGCUAUUCGUUCCUUUUGCUUUAAACCUUUUUAGCCAAACAACGUCCCCAAGCUGAAAAUCCUGAUUUUCCGCCCACAGUGUUUGUCAUAUAAGCAAGCGCUGCUGGGGUGAAGAAGGAGCAGGUUUUUUAAGAGAUUUCUGCUUAUUCUCAUCUUGGCCAGUGACAGCGACCCACACACAAAAAAAAAAAUAAUAAAUCGAGCGAGGAGCUGGGAGACUGGACACUUGUGCGUUUUGACAUGAAAUGAUGGAGGGCCUGCCAGAUUUGCCAGCGUCUGACAUUCACUCUGACGGAAAUACACCGUACAUGGAACCAUUUUACAACACUUUCCACCCAUUGCCGUACGGCGACUUUCGUCAACAUGCGUACAAUCCGUUCUUUCACAAAACUCGUCGAAAGACGACCAAAAUGCAACUGGAAGUCCUUGAAGCAAAUUUCCGUGAUAAUACAAAACCAGAUGCGGAAACCAGACAACUGCUAGCACGUCAAUUGAACAUGACGCCAAGAGGCGUGCAAAUCUGGUUCCAAAACCGCCGUGCAAAGGAAAAGGCGGCGUUCAAGAAAACUGCAGAGUCCACAAAAGAACAGAGCUCGUCGCCAAAUAUGAUGGAGAGUGGGUCCGAUUCCGGUGGUGCGGUUUUUGAUCCAGGCAUCAAGACUUCUCCUCGCAGUGUGGAGGAAAGUCCUCCAAAGAUUGGCUCACUCGGUCAGGUCCAGAGAACACCCCAGUUUGCCGUUGUGCCCCCUCCGUAUGAGGGCGCCUAUCAAUUUCUGGACGAUAUCGCCGUACCUCCACAUCAGGACUCGCUGCCAUUCGACCUUGUCGCGGCCGCCUCUGGAUUGAUGCCACCCUUUGGGACAGUGGACACCAGUUUAGACGCUGUUGACAUUGGUGAACGUGGUCUGGACACUAGCGGACGCCUGCCACCAAAGACGUCUAUGCGCAAUCGUGCUGUGUCAAUGCCGGAACCAUACAAGCCGUACGGCACCUAUGAAGAGACGUUGGCUUCAUCCUUACCAAAGGACGAGCAAGUGGACUCUCAACAGAGUGGCCUUCCAUUCCAUGGCACAUCCCUAGAGUACGUCCCACAACCACAACAGUCAGCGUCUCACAUUCCAGAAAUCCGACAUCCCUCACAAUCACCCACUCGUCUGGCCGUCGUUGGCCAUGGCCCGCCAAGCACGAAUCGCCAGCGAAAACGUGCGCUCACCAUAACCAUCCCUGAACGCCCAACACCGGGACCUACUUCCACUUCCACUGCGCCCGCAGGAAGGAUUGAGAGCACUCACGCACCUUACAGUGCCGGGGCUUACGCUCCAGUGUAUCGACUACAGCAUCCUUCACCAUCAGUACUUUCCCCUCAUUAUUCCGGAGAUACGCCCACUUGGAGUGGCGCACGUCGCGGAUCGUGCCCACCAGAGUUCCUUGCCUCAUUUAUGAACAUGACUAUACCAUCAACAGAUGACGGCAGUACAUCGCUAGAAACCCCUCAGCCCUCGCCGUCCUUGCAACCGAUUAUGGAGGACUGUACUUAUGGACGGUCAAGCGAAAUUGCUUAUGCAAGUGCAUCGCUUACGCCUCCGCAAACCUAUGCGGACUGCGAAGCCAGUGUCGCUGUGGUUCCACAGUAUCCCAUGACGGCAUACCCAAGAUUUUACAACAAGGACAUGGCAUGCCUGGGCCCAUGUUACGAUUCUUACGGUCAGAAGCAGCUUCACAUUCCCCAAGCGCUACAAGAAACACAGUCCAAGCCUGAUGUACAACACUUUCAAAGGCUUAGAAUGAAUCGGCGGAGUUCUGAGCCAGUCAAUAUACUACGACAGCAGCACGUAUUACGCGCUAAUGCGGGUGCAGAGGUAUCUAGCUGGGAUUCUGUAUACCCGGGAUACACGAUUGCGAUGCCUGGAGUCCAUAAAGGUUAUAAUUCUGCGGCAUAUUGGAGUCCGCAAACCGGACGACCGCCAUCACAACGAACACUAGCAUUUGAGAGCGGGCUGGAAGAGCCUCAUAUGUGUGUGGAAGAGAAAAUGUUACUGAGUGGGAUUAAUGAUUUUGACAAUCUCAGUCCUGUGGUCGGGCAAUCACCCACGAUACCGUAUCCGAGAUCAUUCCCUGUAGAGUUACCGAAUGCUGUAGGAGAAUUUGUAGAGCAGUAAAGCUUUUGUAACUAGGAUGGAAGCGACUCAAGAGCGGACUGAACAGUUUCCUUUUGUUAGUGUUUUUCCUUUAUAUCUUCUCUGCUUCUACCGGACAUUACCUCUUUGUAAAUUGGACAGUACCAGGAAUUGUACUUUGUAUUUUUACUUUUAGUCUUAACCUUUUUCUUUUGUUCGAUUUUUUACAAAUGAGACUUUUGAAUAUAUGUUUGAAGAAAGCAUA